AUGACUUCUUUCAUCACUUGUUGUGAUCUCUUCCAUUACAAUUCCAUAUGUAAACUUCCGCUUUCUCAAGGUUUGAAGGUGAUUGCUUGUGUUGGGGAGACUCAUCAAGAGCGGGACGCUGGAACAAUUAUGAAAGUUGUUGCUGCACAAACUAAGGCAAUUGCAGAUAAGAUAAAAAAAACUGGGAUAAUGUUGUCCUGGCUUAUGAGCCAGUUUGGGCUAUUGGAACCCGACAGGUUGCUAUCCCGGCUCAGGCUCAAGAAGGUUAUAGCAAGUAAUGAGAAUGAGAGGACCCUGUUCCAGAAGAAGAAGAACAACAAGACUCAAGUGGAGAGAGGAUAUGGGCACAAUUUUCAUGUUGAAGAUCUUCCUCUUCAUCGUCUUCUUCAUACACAUCCUCCUUAUAUUCAGCAGUACUCCCAGAUUUAUAGCUGGGAAUUUCACCACCCCAAGCUUCAUACACUUAGCAUCAUGGAUUCUUUUUGUAGCCAGAUCACUGUCAAUGUGAAGAAAAGAAAAAGUGGUGUGAGCACUUGA